AUGGACGGUGCAAUCCUUGAAGCUUGUGAUGUAAGCGAGAAACUCUGUUCCAAGCCCAUCGAUGACCCACGCGUGCAGCUCAACGUUCGCAUUCACACGCUGCACGAGCUCAUCUAUACUGCAGAAAACAUCCCUAAAGAGAAGAAAACUGCGCGGGAGGAAGCUCUUGAGAAGGCCUUGCACUACUCACGAAAACUGGCGUCCUUUGCGCUGGAUGCCUUUCCAGAAGCAUAUCCCAUGUUUACUGAGUCGAUGAUGUUGUUUGCAUGUCCGGAGCGCACUAACACAGUGGAGGCUAUCAGAAAGCGGAGAAAGGCUCUCGCGGAUGAAUUAGUAUCACUCACUAGGAUGACGGUGGGUGCGAGAGAAUCAAAACUUUCGUUCCUUAUUCGCUAUCUAUUACUUAUUUACAUUCAGUUUAAGUCUCCUGUAAUGACUCAAGGAGAGACAUUUGAUCCGCAGAAAGCUUUGAUCAACGAGCUUGUAAUGGGCAGUAGCGAUUCCCUUCACCGAACCUCUAGAAUACUGUGGAAGACCGAUGGCACCAGACCCACAAAAUUUGGACAUCGCGACGACUACAAAGAAAUUGAUGUUCAGGCACUGCCUGAACGAGUAAAUAUUUCGAGGCAAGAUUCUAUUGAGAGCCUAAGGUUUUCCGACGGAGAUGUAUCAAUAGCUCUGAAAAAUGAGCUUGGCAGAGUCGAAGUUAGUAGGACGCGGUUUCGACAACUUGUCAUCGAAUAUUGUGCCGCACGAGGAUUUCAUGUCUUCGAGGCAGGAAAGGCAUGUUUGAAUAAGGAGAAUGGAGAUCAGUUCCCCGUAGUUUCUGACGAAGAAGAUCGUAUGGUCGUAGUAGAGGGUAUGGUUUCACAAGACUAUAUGGAAAUGUUUUCUGCCCUGCAAAAGCUACGAGGGCUUGCAGGGAAGAGUGAUCUCGAAGCAUACCUGCCGGUUGUAGAAGAGAUGGGGCAUGAGCUGUUGGAACAAGCCCCAGUGCUUGAUUUUCGAAUAGGGCAAUGCGAAGUACUGAGAUAUUUGAAAGGCGAUGAGUUUGACACAGCGUUAAGGGUCAUACAGCAAAGACUUGCACCAGCAGCCAGAAAAUAUCCUGAGCUCCAAAAGUCGUUGACAGAUACAAUAACAUUGCUCGUCUUUGCUACGGACGUGAAAAGAAAUUUGAAAGAAUCGGAGCGGGCCGCAAAGUAUAGAGUUCAUGGUGCGGUAGGCGAAGACAAGAAGAGAAAUCUUCUGCUAGAGGAUACGGAGAUGUGUGGCAACAACUGUGAUCCAGGAGCUGAAGAGCAGAAGAAGCAUUCGAACUCAUUCGAAGGAUUCCUCUCGACAGCUAUUCGGGCUGUAGUUGAUAAUGUGUCUAUAGAUUCUAUUAUCGCUGAGGCAUACAAGGCAUAUGAGAUGAAAUUUAAGGCGCCUGAAUUGUUACAGUUGCUGAGUAGCCUUGUGGUGACACACAAAGAAUGGCAAACGUACAACAUGAUGACGGAUAGGUUCUCGAAUGCCAUGGGAAUCGACGAACUCGGCGGAUUAUGUGAAGGUCAGCGUGGCUCUUCAGCUGAUAUUCGCCAUGCUUUCACAAUUUCUGAGUGUGCGAACAAUCAAGAGGUGGGAGAAGCGCAGAGUGCGAAUCCUAGUAGUCAAAUAUCUACACGGGAUCAGCGAAGAAACGAGCAACGGGAGAACACAGUGUUAACGUUGAUGGAGUUUCUGGCUAUUUCCCGAGCAGAGGCCUUGACAGUGGUCCGAAACCAUCCUAACGCUGAAAAUGCUCAGACCAUCCUAGAACUGUGGCUUGGUCACAUGCUGUGACCCUGCAAUGUUUUGAUGGCUACGCUUUACAUCACAAGCGUACAUUAGAUGCUUUUUUGAUCCAUGUUCCCAUCUUAUAAUAUCAUAUUGCCAUGUUGUGCUACAGACCAACAGGGAAAAAGACAGAUGUCCCAGCAUCAAAGCAAGACUGCGUCUAUACUUAAAGGCUCAGUUUGAGAUUGAAGAAAACAGUAGAUACUCGGGAAAUGCGGUGUAGAUGAAGUGCAAUUCUCCAGCCGGAGACGCGUUACAGAUCUGGCAACCAGCACGGGAGAGAACCUAUCCCAUCUACAGAUUAUGAUGAUGUCUCUAAGGUGUAUCUACGAAGGAGAUGAAGAGUACAAGCGUCGUGCCAUAUAGAUUUUAUCGCUCCAGCGUGAGGUCUGUUUCGUCAUUCAUAGAACGCUAGUAGAUCUAUUGGACCAUAUAUGACGGCUGUCGUCAUAUGAGGACGCUUUUCGACUUAUUAUUAUCUUGACUUGCGCUUUCUCGACAAGAAAGAAAAAGAAACCCCGGCCACCCUACUUGGCUUCUGCCUUUGGACCAGAAAGAACUUGGGGAGAAUUGCAGAAUCUUCCUGGUCGUCUUUAGAUAGGGUGAUUUUGCACUUAGGGGGGCGAACCAGUGCAUUUUGGUGGCAACGGACGGGUGAAAUCGGAAAAGUUGUAGCGAACAAGGGGUGUCGUUGGUAAGUUCGCAAGAGGUACACAUCCGAUAGAGAUUUAUUUGUAGGGAUUACUAUGGUGACCAUCUCAGGGUGUGUCUUAACUUGCCCGGGUUUGCUUUGCUUGCCCGAGUUUGCCGGUCAUUUAUUAAUUUAUUAAUGUAAGUACACGCCUUCCCCUUACGUUAGUAGUGGACAGGUGUCCCAGAGCGACGGUGCUGACUUACAGAGGCAUACAGCGCCAUAAAUUGCCAGAACACAACGGGGAGGACACUGUGGGUUCUACAAA